UUGUCUCUAUAGUUGUUGGCGAAUACCUAAUUCCGAUUUUUGUUCAAUCUCCGAUACCCACUUGUAAUCUUGACUAAAGAUUCGAUCUUUGGGGAUCAAUUUUUUCUCUGAGAAAAGAAGACGAAUAAAGGAAUUAGGGUUUAGGAGUUAGAGGAGGAGGAAGAUGGUGAUCACGAUUGAAGAUUUGAGGAAAAAUGAGACCAGGCUUUGUGGGUCUUUCUUGAAAAUGGUUGAUGAUGUGAAAGCCAUGGCCACCGACCCAUCUGAGCAACAAGUGCUUCUGACCCAGAUGGUUUUGAAGGAGUUGAUGAUGAAUAGGAACAAACCAGAAGCAGCAUUCUCACUUGGUUUUCCCAAAAAGAAGAGAUCUGGAUCUAGAGGGAUGCAAAAGCAGAAUCAGAAUCAGAAGCAGAGGAUCAUCAUCAAAUUCAAACGCUGCGUCUCUGCCACUACAGGUAUUGCUUCUUAUUCUUGCUCUGUUUCCCCUGAUUCUGGUAUUGUUGGAUCUAGAGGGAUGCAAAAGCAGAAUCAGAAUCAGAAGCAGAGGAUCAUCAUCAAAUUCAAACGCUGCGUCUCUGCCACUACAGGUAUUGCUUCUUAUUCUUGCUCUGUUUCCCCUGAUUCUGGUAUUGUUGUAAACCCAGACCCACUUCAUGAUGAUCAGAAACAGGAUUUGAAAUUGAAAUUGAAAUUGAAGAGCAAGAAGAGGUGCUACUCUGAAAUCGAACAAGCAGGCGAUGAAGGUUUCGAAGACAUAAACUCGAAAAGGCUGAGAAAGGGAAAGAAUGAUAAGAGGGUGUUACCAAGUGUGCAAUCGAUCACUGAGUAUUUUCCAAAGGAAGAAUUGCAGGAUCGUAUUCGUGGAUCAGAUCACCCAAAGCCAAUAGCAAGAGCAAUAGCAAUAGCAGGGAAGAGGAAUGAGAUCAAGAUCAGUAUGACCAGCUUUGCUUUGUCCUUGUUAAUCUGCUUUCUUCUUGCAGUUUAUGUUCAACAGUAAUUCAAUGAACGACUUUCAUUUUUCCGGUAUGGUUUUUGUAAUUUUAAUACUUUCUCUAUUUCCCCAAAGCUCAGAUAUCGCAUAUCUUCAUUCUCUUUCUCUCAGAUCAUUCAGUAUGCUCUUUGAGUUUGGGGGAUGCAUCCAAUUUCUUCUUAUGUUUACCUGGUAUAUUAGCUUACAUGUGCUCUUUUAGUUUUAGACUGGGCUUAUUAAUGCUUUUAAUCAUUUAUCUUUGUUCAAUCUCUUCUUAAUGGUGACAACUCAUAUAUAAGCCCUAAGUUUUUGAUGAAUUUUAUUGACAGGUUUUUACAGUCAUGU